UUGGCAUUUUCCGAUUCCCCUCACGCUUAUCGUCAAAAAUAAUAAAAAAACAAAAACCAAAAAAAAGUUUAUAAACCACUAAACCCAAAGCCAGUGAAGACAGUGACACAGGUCAGAGCAGUCUAUUCAUUCGCAGAUCACUUCCUCCUUUGAAAUCGGAACACAAAAUCAUGUUGCAGUUUUCUCUUCGACGAGCAAGGGCGCUGAGGUCGUUGAGUCCUCAAAUCUUUGCUCUGAGCAAUUCUUGUCUCUCCACCGCCGCCGAACCGUCCUGGAAACACCGCAGCCCUCCGAGGGUUCCGAAUCUUAUUGGUGGCAGCUUCGUAGAUUCACAAUCUUCUGAAUUCAUCGACGUUAUAAACCCAGCAACACAAGAUGUUGUUUCUCAAGUUCCUUUAACAACAAAUGAAGAGUUUAAAGCUGCAGUAUCUGCAGCUAAACAAGCAUUUCCCUCUUGGCGAAACACACCAAUCACUACACGUCAACGUAUUAUGUUUAAGCUGCAAGAGCUAAUGCGGAGAGAUACGGAUAAGCUGGCCGCAAACAUUACUCUGGAACAAGGGAAGACAUUAAAGGAUGCACAAGGCGAUGUGUUCCGUGGGCUAGAGGUGGUGGAGCAUGCUUGUGGAAUGGCAACUUUGCAAAUGGGGGAGUUUGUGCCCAGUGUGUCGAAUGGAAUUGAUACCUACAGCCUCAGAGAGCCACUUGGCGUUUGUGCUGGGAUUUGUCCCUUCAACUUCCCUGCGAUGGUUCCAUUGUGGAUGUUUCCGGUUGCAGUUACAUGUGGUAAUACCUUCAUUCUAAAGCCAUCAGAAAAAGAUCCCGGUGCAUCGAUACUACUUGCAGAGCUGGCAAAGGAGGCUGGUUUACCUGAUGGUGUUUUGAAUAUUGUUCAUGGCACCAAUGACAUUGUUAAUGCUAUUUGUGAUGAUGAUGAAAUAAAGGCUAUUUCCUUUGUUGGUUCAAAUACGGCUGGGAUGCACAUAUACGCAAGAGCCUCAGCCAAAGGAAAACGUGUUCAGUCAAAUAUGGGAGCCAAGAAUCAUGGCAUUGUCAUGCCUGAUGCAAACAUGGAUGCUACUUUAAAUGCUUUAGUUGCAGCUGGUUUCGGUGCUGCAGGGCAAAGGUGCAUGGCCCUCAGCACAGUGGUCUUUGUUGGCAGCUCAAAAUCAUGGGAAGAUAAGCUAGUGGAGCGUGCUAAAGCACUUAAAGUAAGUGCUGGAACAGAUCCCGGAGCAGACCUUGGUCCAGUGAUUAGCAAACAGGCAAAGGAACGGAUAUGCAGAUUGAUUCAAAGUGGGGUUGACAAUGGUGCCAAACUAUUGCUUGAUGGGAGAAAUAUCGUGGUUCCAGGAUAUGAGCACGGGAACUUUAUCGGUCCCACCAUCUUGUCUAAUGUUACAGCUGAUAUGGAGUGUUACAAGGAGGAAAUCUUUGGCCCAGUUCUUCUUUGCUUGCAGGCUGAUAGCUUAGAAGAGGCCAUAAACUUUGUCAACAGAAACAAAUACGGAAAUGGAGCUUCCAUAUUCACCACCUCUGGUGUAGUCGCAAGGAAAUUUCAAACUGAGAUUGAGGCCGGGCAGGUCGGCAUCAAUGUUCCUAUUCCAGUUCCGUUGCCCUUUUUCUCAUUUACUGGCUCCAAGGCAUCUUUUGCGGGCGAUCUCAAUUUCUAUGGCAAGGGUGGGGUUCAUUUUUACACUCAGGUCAAGACUGUAACUCAACAAUGGAAGGAUUCACCUAGUGGCUCUGGAGUAUCCCUGGCAAUGCCUACUUCCCAAAAGUCAUAAUAUGAAUGGUGUUCUGGUUUCCUGUUUGGAACUUGUGUGUAUUGUGGGAACCAUUUUGAUGAAAUAAUAUGGCAUUUCCAUCUCA